UCAGCGCUUUGUAUACAAGUGUGCUAAUCAUGCUAUGGAAACGGAAUUGAAAUCAUAUCUUGCGUAAUAUUUGUUUUGGUUUUGUUUUAUUUAUAUUUUGUUUUGUUAAGCCUAAAUUUAUAACUUGAUGAUUAUGGAAGAAGAACUUUCCAUAUCGUUAGAUGGAAAAAAUCUUGCGAAUCUAAGAGUUGUUGAUUUAAAACAAGAAUUAGAGAAGCGUGGCUUGUCGAAGAGCGGAAGCAAAAAAGAUCUAAUUAAACGAUUGAAACAACAAUUAGAGUUUGAAAAGCUUUGUGAAGAAAGGAAAUCUACUGGAGAUUGUGAGCUAAAGAAAGAAUUAGAUGCUGCAACUCAACAAAAUGAAUUUGUACAGCGCUAUCUGGCUCAACAGCAGAAGAUUUUUGCUGAGCAGAAAGAGAUGAAAAGAUUAGUGGAACUUGAAGAAUCUCAGAAAAAAAGUGACUCAGAAGAGUGCAUUAUUUCUCCUAAAAUUGUUGAAAAACCUUCAAGUAGUGAUGAGGAUACUGUACCAGAAGGAGAUAGCUGCAAUGAAAUCGAUACCGGUGAAAAUACUUUAAAAGUUGCAAUAGAAGAAAUAAGUUCAAAAAAGAAAAAAGUUGAGAAAGAAACAGAAAAAAAUGAAAGUGAGGAAACCCCUUCUACUGGUAACGUCACAAUUGAAAGACACAUAAUUAAAAUUGAAAGAGACAAAGUGUAUACUAUUAUUUCAAAUAAAAAUCAGGAUAUUUGUACAGACAAGUCUGGAGAUGAUAAAAAUAGUUCAAAAGACACUACAAAAUCAGUUUCAUCUGAAGAAGACUGUUCUGUGACUGGCGUAAAACACGAAAAUCAGGCUUUGCCGCUUAAAAACAAACAAGCAAAUGAGAAAGGUAAAGCAAAUAAAAAUGAUUCAUUGAUACAAGGUACUGAAAAUGUCAACCUGGAUAAUAAACAUAACCAAAGGAGUGUCUUUUUGUCUGAAGGAGACAAAAAUAUUAUUGUUUCCAAUAUCAACAAAAAUACUUCAAAAAGUGAAAACACAAGUAAAAUUGUCGAAUCAAAGAUUGACGACGGGAAUAAAAAUGUGUUUUUAAAAAUUGACAAAGAUAUAAGUGCUUUAAAGUGUGAAGAUACUAAUACAAAUGAUUUAAAAAUUGAUGAUACAAAAAAAAGUGCAUUAAAAAAUGAAGAUACAAAUAAAAGUGCAUUAAAAAUUGAAGAUACAAAUAAAAGUGCAAUAAAACUUGAAGAUACUACAAAUACAAGUGCUUUAAAAACUCAAGAUAUAGAAAAAACUGUUUCAACUGAAACUCAAGAGACAGUUAAAUGUACUUUAUUAACAGAUGAAAGUACUUUAAAGAUUGAAUACACUAAUAAAAGUGAUUCUUCCAAAACUGAAAGCACGGAAGAAAAUUCUUUUAAAAUUGAAGCUGAAACUAUAAGUGCUUUAAAAAUUGACACAAACACUGCUUCAUCAAAAAUUGAUCCAGGCGAAUGUACUUUAAAAAAUGAAGCCAAAGAUAAAUGUACUUUAAAAAAUGAAAACAUUGGUGAAUGUUUUGUUAAAGGCAAAGACAAAAUAUUUUAUUCAAAAGCAGCUAGAAGAGGUGAAAGUCCUUUGCUAAAAAACGAAAAUUUAAAAAAUAAAGACAUUGAUGAAAUUAGUUGUUUAGAAGAUAAAGAUACAAAGGAAAGUAUUUCAAAAAAUAAAAUUUCAGAUGAAAAUAUUGUUUCAAUAAAAGAAAUCGUUGAUGAAAGUGCUUUAAAAAAUCCAGACACAGAUAAAAAAAAUUUUUCAAAAAAUGAGGACUCUGAUGAAAGUGCUUUUCUAAAUGUUGAGAACACCGACUUAGAAACUGUUAAAACCAAACUAGAAAGUAAUAUAAACUCAACUGUAUCCGAUUGUCCAACAAAUAAGUUAGUUGUUGGACAAAGUGAAAGGGAUUUGUGUAGUGUAAAUACAAAGAAGGAAAUCAAAGAUGUUCCCAACAUAGUGGACCAAACUCAAGUCAAACCUGACCAACAAGUAGCUGAAGUUGAGGCAAACUCAGGUAAACUUAUUACAGAUGACAGUUGUGAAGGAAAAUCAAAAGUUAGUGAAAAAAGCAUUAUAGAUAAUCCUUGUCAAACCUCAUCUAGUUGUAAAGCGAAUGCUGAGCCAUCACCAUCAUCUUAUCAAAAAGUUGAACCAGUACCUGACAGCAAUAUUGAAUUAGUUCAUUCAUCUUCUGAAUCAUUUGAAACCAAUAUCGUGGACACUUCAUCGGAAUAUAAACUUGUAAGCAUGGAAUCUGCUGUGCCUUAUUCAUUAUCUGACAUUCAAUUACCGGAUAGUCCAAGUAGCAUUGUAAAGUCUGCUGCCAAAGCAACUUCAAAGAAAGAGACUUUGACACCUCUCCCUACAAAUGAUAGUGACAAAGACAGUCAUUCAGAUAAUGAUAUUCAUAGAAAUGGUCUGAAUUCUGGAUCUAAGUCUCGCUCUAAAGAAAAGUCUGUGUUAGAUGAUACAUCUAACAAGAGAAAAAUGUCAGUUAUGGAAUCAAAAAAACCAGACCAUAAAAAUACAGUAUCAGAUAUUGUAGGGGAGUCAACAUUUCUUCAGAAAAGUAAACAGUCAAUGAAUAAAAAAAUCAUUGAUUCGGAGGAAAAGACUAGUAGAAAAAAAGAAAAAAGCUUUCAAAGUAGUGAUAAACGUCCAGAAUCACAUACUAAUAGCAGCAGUGAGGAAAGUUCUGGGUCAAGCAGAAGUAGGAAAAAAAGGCAACCAAAAAGUAAAAUUUCUGUCGAACAGUCUAACAUUCAUAAAGGCAGAUCUCGCUCUUCUUCUUCCAGCAGCAACAGCUCUCAAAGUGAAGAAGGAACUCCUAAAAAACUACCUAAAGAAGUUUUUAAAAAUGUGAAAAAGAAAUCACCUGAAUCAGAUGUACCUGUCACAGAGAUUGAUAAACAUAUUGAAGAACCCAAACAAAUUUCUGUGACUUUGAAAAGUAAACCUCGUUCAUCUUCCCCGAGUAGGAAAAAUAGUUCACCAAGUAGAGAAGAAAGCCCCGUGGAACCACCUAAAAAAGAUGUUACAAAAUCUUCUGUGCCUGAUGCUUCAAGGGCUGCCAAAAAAUAUCGUAUUGAUAGGAACUAUGAACGAAAAGAUUCAAAAAGUAGAUCUCGUUCUCCCACUGCCAGCGAAAAUAAAAAUUCCGAAAAACCAUCUACAGAGAGUGCCAAAAAAUCAGUGGAACAUGAUAUUUCAAAAGUUGAGAAGAAACAUCACGACGAAAGUAGCUUGGAUGAAAAAACUUCAAAAAGUAAGUCUCGUUCUUCCCCUAGCGAUCACGAUUCUAAGAGCCGAAAGAAAAGUCCUUUAAAGCAAUCUGAAGAAGAUGUAAAAAACCAAACUGUACCUGAUACUUCUAUGAUUGUUAGAAAACGUGAGAGUAGUUAUGAUCAAAAGUCUUCAAAAAGUAGAUCACGUUCUCCAACCAUGGCUAGUAGCCGGAGUUCGAAGAGUAGAGAGAAAAGUCCUGUAAAACCAUCAAAACAAGACAUUAGACUACACGAUUCUGAUGCUCAUAAGCUUAUUAGAACUCGUCAUACUGAAUGUAGCUCUGAUAAAAACACUUCAAAAAGUAGAUCUCAUUCCUCUUCUAGCAGUGAAGAAAAAAGUCUCAUAAAACCACCUAAAGAAAGUUUAAAAAAAUCAUCUGUGUACGAUGCUUCAAGGGACACUAGAAAGCAUCAUCCUGACAGUAGCUCUGAUCAUAAAACUUCAGAAAGUAGAUCACGUUCUCCCUCUAGCAGCCAAAGCCGAGAAAGAAGCCCUGUGAAAGAAGAGAGGAGGAAAAGAAUCAUGGAUAAAUUCUCCAAAAUCGAUCGAAAGCCUGUCUCUAGUCGGAAGACUUCUAAGAGUAGAUCUCGUUCUCCCUCUAGUAAUGAAAGUGAAGGAGAAAGCCCUCUAAAAAGAUCUAGAGACAAUGCUAAAAAAUCUGUAGUGACCGAGGAUUCUAGGACUAGAAAAGGCCAUACUGAAAGUGUUUCUGAUCGAAAAACCUCAAAAAGUAGAUCGCGUUCAACUUCUAGCAGCAGAAGCUCUCACAGCCAAGAGAAGCGCACCAGAAAGUCAUCCAAAGAAAAUGUUGAAAAAUCAGUAAUGUCUGAUACUUCCAAGAGUGGUAGGACUCAUCAGACUGGGAUCGACUCUAAUCAAAAAGCUUCAAGAAGUAGGUCUCGUUCUUCUUCCAGUAGCCCACCUCCUCAUAAAAGGAGAGAUGUACAAAUAUCUGAAGAAAUUGCUAAAGAUGUUACCAAGUCAUUGACCACUGAUGUUAAAGGUGCUGUAGAUCAAAAAUCUGAUUUACCUAGUGAUCCCCCUCGUAAAAAGUUAAAGAUCAAUAGAAACAACGUUGUUAUAUCAUCUCUUGGAUCCUCCGAAAAACUUCCUGUUGAUGAACAGAAAAAAAUAUCUAAUAAGAACUUCAGUGAAAAGAGAACAGAGAUUUCUCCUAGUUCACCAAAAAUAGAAAAAGAACGAAGAGAAUCUACUAGUUCAACUCAACCGGAAAAUAUUGAAAGAGAAAUGGGAGAGAUAAUAGAAAAUUCACCAGAAGUAAAGUAUGAGCCAAGAAAAAUAAACUUUCCAGGUCGAAAAUUGAGCAGAAAAUCUUCUGAGGAUCAAACCUGCAGUGAACCUAAGUCUAAAAAAAGCAAAUGGGGAAAAUUUGCUUCUUCUCAAAAAUCAUCACAAGCUAUAAACAUAUCAACAGACUCUUUAAAGAAUUGGUUUCCAGAAUUUAAACUAGUAAGUGAGCCAUCAGUAGUCAAUGAUUCAAUACCUGAAGAGUCACCUCCCAUUAAAGACGAAAAUAAGUUAUCUUUUCCCCUGAAAUCUGAAGAAGAAUUGACUAAACAAUUUUCAACCGAUAUUAGUCAUCAAAACAAUGAUGAACCUUUAGAAGCAACUGACUCAAGUGGACCUAUUUCAAAAAUAGUUUUUAUUCAAAACUUAGUUCGGCCCUUUACAUUGCUUCAGUUAAAAGAUCUGUUAAGGCAAACAGGCAAUUUUAUAGAAGAUGAUUUUUGGAUUGAUAAAAUUAAAUCUAAGUGUUUUGUCACAUAUACAACUGAAGAGGAAGCUAUCAAAACUCGGAAUGCUCUAAAUGGUGUUAGAUGGCCUUCUUCAAAUCCGAAGAUCUUAAGUGCAGAAUUUAGUACUGAAGAAGAGUUUGAACAUCAUCGUAGUGGUAAAGAUGCACAGAAACCAGUUGUUGAGCGUUUACCAGAAGUGCAGGAAACUUAUGAUGAAAAAACUUCUCCACCAGUUGGUGAUAAUCGAAGAAAGGACCGGGACAGUGAUAAAAGAAAAGAAAGGGAACGUUACAGACCGCAGGCUCCCGUGCGUGAAUGGGAUAAAGAUAAAGUUCUACAAGAUUCUCCUGAUAGAGAAAAGUCAGAUAAAAAUAUUGAAGGGUAUAGAGGAUCUGAUAAAAAAGAUAAGAAAGAUACUAAAAAGAGGGCAAAUGAAGACACGCCUGCAAAACUGCUUGAUGAUUUGUUUCAAAAAACCAAGUCUAUACCUUGCAUUUAUUGGUUGCCAUUGACAGAAGCUCAGGUAUUGGAACAUGAAGAGUCAAAGCGCUUGAGAAGAUUAGAACGUGAGAAAAGAAAUCAACAAAGGGAAAAAGAAGAAUCUGAGCAAAGAAGUAAAAGAUCUCGCCUUGACCACAGAACCAGAGAAGUGGAAAGCCGAAGAAGUUCGACAAGAAGUCGCAGUCCAACAUCCAGACGGCGAUAAUUAAUAUAAUUAUUUAAGAUAAUAUAUAUUAAUGAAUAAAUUUUCUGGCCUCCUGCUUCGAGUUCACUUGAUUUAAAAAUCGGCAGUUUCAGCAUCAGGUAUAAAACUUAAAAUGAGAAAAAUAAUUUUUUUUUUCUUUCAUUUGCAAAUAUCAUAAGCAACAUAGAUCAAUAAUUUUACUCUUAAUUUCUUCCCUUAUUGGGGGUAUUUUUCUAGAAAAACAUUCAAGUUAUUUUGUUAUGUAUGAAUGCACUUUUGCGUGUUAGUUGUAAAAAUUUAUGGAAAACCCAUAAGUAAGUAUGUAUUGGAAAUGCAUGUAUGUGAGUGAAAGAAGUAUAAAUGUUUUUCUUUUAGCCUAACUUUUUAGAUAAAGGAGAUGGAUUAUUUUCUUGUAGAAGGAGGCCAGUAAAAGAAAUAGUAAUUUUUUUUUGUAUAGUCCGUCAUCUUCCCCUAAUCCUUUUGCAGAUGAAAGCAGCUCAAUGAAAAAGAUAACCCUUUAACAGUGGUCACCCCCAUCUUGUUACCACACAUGUGGGAAGAAGUUAUUAAACCUUUGCAAAAAUGUAUCACUUGAGGGAAUGUUGCAGGAGAGAAAUAAUGUAAUAAAGGAACAUAGCAGGGAUGAAAUGUAACACGAGUUAUUUCAACAUGUGGGAGAAAUCGUGCAAGAUCUAGUGUGUUGACAAAUUUGCACUGAAAUAGCAUACUCUUAUUUGUGCAGUGAAAUCACUUUGUACAUAGAAAUUUGAAUUUUCAUAAGAAUUGUAGACUCCUUUAUGCCUUCAGCUGUUUACUACAGAUAUGUAUAAUUUUAUUCAUAUGAAAGUUUUAAUCAGUUAAAAGAAUCUAUAUGAUUUUAUUUCAUAUUUGCCUAUCUCAUUAUCCUGCAUAAUGACGAAUUUUUCAAAGAAACUGUUUAAUUGAUUUUUUUGGUUUUGUAAAAUGAGAUGGUCUCUGCUUUACCACAAAAUUUAUUAAAUGUACUUUGAGUAUUAUGAAAACGUUAUUGUUUCAUUUCAACCUCUCAUUGUAACUGUCAUGCUGUUGCUUACAUUUUAGUGAAAUAAAUUUUUGAUUGAUGGUA